AUGAUGAUCCCGGAGUACUCCCCGCGAGGGACCUCCGUCACCUACAGCAACGCCACGGCCGUGCCGCCCAUGGUCUACCGCCUGAGCCUCAAGCCGGCCUCGCCGUCCACGUCCACUUCGCCGACGGCCUCGGCCGCCACGCCCGCCACGUCCCCGACCGCGACCGCGACCGCCGUCGUCUACGUGCAGAGCAGCAGCCGCCCCACCAUCACCAGCAGUUCCAGCAGCGGAGCGCUGGUGGCCAGCGGAGGCCGCCGACGCGGCCGCAGACACAAGAGCUACUCCGAGUCGGCGCUGCGCCUCGAGCGCAUGCUGGCCCCCGCCGCGCCGGCCAGCGGCGCGGCCCGCGCGCGGCCCUACUCGGCGGGCGACGAGGUCGACCUCGUGCGCACGGUCACCAUCUCGGGCUACUCCAAGAACAGCCACGGCACGUGGGUGUUCAAGGUGGACGUCGGCGGACCCAGCGACACCAACGCCUACGUCGUGCGCCGCCGCUUCACGGACUUCAAGCUGCUGCACGAGGGGCUGUCCGAGCUGUCCGAGCUGCCGGAGCUGCCGCCACAUGGCAUCGUGUCGGUCUUCCAGAUGUUCGUCUCGCCUGACAAGCUGCUUACCGCGCGCGCGGCGAGACUGCAGGAGCUGCUGCUGGUGAUCCACGCGCACCCGCGGCUGUGCAAGAGCGCGGCCUUCAGCAAGUUCAUCGGCAAGAACCCCAGCAGCUACGACGCCGGCUACGUGAGCCUGUCGGGCUACGAGGUCCCGAAGAGCGACAGGCAGCUCCGACUGAGCCCCGCGGGCUCCUUCGACACCAGCUACUCGGUGUAAGCAGCAGCAGCAGUCCAGAGAUGAAGAUGAUG